CCUGAACUCACCAUCAUCCCAUUGCCAUCCAAUGUCAGGCUGGACCGACUCAAACACUGCUUAGCAGAGGAUCUGAUUCUGUUGGAGAUGUCGCUUCAUGAAGGACAGGCCAAUGAUGCCCUUCACAAUCUCCAAAUUCACUUGUGCAACAAGGCAGUCCUUUUCCGAACCACUGUUAGGCAGGCCAAGUCCCAAGCUCUGAAGACUCGGGCAUGGUCCCAGGUGAUGUCAGUGGAGCAGGCCAUGUCUCAGAAUGCCAGUAUAUACAACAGGACAUGGAAGCAAAUGAUGAAACUUGGUCCGGGGCAACACCAUCUUCAGAAAUACUAA